CUGAUGUCCCUGUUCCCAGACCUGGACCCAGAUUGGACUCCCGACAACUAUGAGUACAGCCCUGAGUACUAUACCCCGGGAGAGAACACGGAUGGUGCUGUUGACCACUCCAACAAUCCUGAGUGGUACUACGAAGAUAAUGGUGUCUCAGAUCCAUGCCUGUCCAACCCCUGUGAGCACGGUGGGGUCUGCCUCGUCAGCGGGGACACUUUCAAGUGCAGCUGCCUGGCCCCUUUCUCUGGAAGCAGGUGUCAGAAUGUGGAAAACAAGUGCAAGGAAAACCCAUGUGGCCUAGGCGAAUGUCUCAUUACUCAGAGUCCUCCCUACUACCGCUGUGCCUGCAAACACCCCUACAGGGGUCCAGACUGCUCCACAGCGGUUCCUGUGUGCAGGCCAAACCCCUGCCAAAACGGUGGCACCUGCUCUCGGCACCGGCGAAGAUCCAAGUUCACCUGUGCCUGUCCCAACCAGUUCAAGGGGAAAUUCUGUGAAAUAGGCUCUGAUGACUGCUAUGUUGGUGAUGGCUACUCUUACCGAGGGAAAGUGAGUAAGACAAUCAACCAGCACUCAUGCCUCUAUUGGAACUCCCACCUCCUCUUGCAAGAGCAUUACAACGUGUUUAUGGAGGAUGCUGAGGCCCACGGGAUUGGGGAGCACAACUUCUGCAGAAACCCAGAUGGAGACAAAAAGCCCUGGUGUUUCAUUAAAGCAAACAGUGCAAAGGUGAAAUGGGAGUACUGUGAUGUCCCAGCCUGCCCAGCCCUAGACAUUACCGACCCCGUAGAGCCCCUGACCAAGCUUCCGGGCUUUGACUCAUGUGGGAAGACGGAGGUAACAGAGAGAAAAAUCAAGAGGAUCUACGGAGGCUUUAAGAGCACGGCCGGCAAGCACCCGUGGCAGGUGUCCCUGCAGACCUCGCUGCCACUGACCACCUUCAUGCCCGAGGGCCACUUCUGUGGGGGGGCGCUGAUCCACCCCUGCUGGGUGCUCACUGCUGCCCACUGUACUGACCUGAAAGUCAAGAAUCUAAGGGUGGUACUAGGGGACCAGGAUUUGAAGAAGACAGAAUUCCAUGAGCAGACCUUCAGGGUGGAGAAGAUAUUCAAGUACAGCCACUAUCAUGAACGAGAUGACAUUCCCCACAACGAUAUUGCUUUGCUCAAGCUAAAGCCAGUGGAUGGUCACUGUGCUUUGGAAUCCAAAUAUGUGAGGACUGUAUGUUUGCCUGAUGGCCCCUUUCCCUCUGGGACCGAGUGCCACAUCUCUGGCUGGGGUGUUACAGAAACAGGGGAAGGGUCCCGACAGCUCCUGGACGCCAAAGUCAAGCUGAUCGCCAACACUCUGUGCAACUCCCGCCGACUCUACAACCACACGAUCGACGAGACCAUGAUUUGUGCGGGAAACCUGCAGAGGCCUGGGAUAGACACCUGCCAGGGUGACUCUGGAGGCCCUCUGACCUGUGAGAAGGAUGGGACCUACUAUGUCUACGGGAUAGUGAGCUGGGGCGAGGAAUGUGGGAAGAAGCCAGGGGUCUACACCCAAGUUACCAAGUUCCUGAAUUGGAUCAAAGCCACCAUACAAAGGGAGCCCGGCUUCUAA